AACUCGUGACUUCAGGCAUCCGCCUAUGCAGAUCUUCUGAAUACCGAAUAUUUAUAGCCCAAUAACCCUAGAGAGGAAUCUCACAGGGAAGAAGAAAUGAAGCAGGGCGGAGGUUACGGUCACCGUAAAAGGAACAUCUGUUUGUGCUUGUUCGCAACAAUCGUUGUUAUAGUGCUUAUAAUAGUAAUUCUCGCACUCACCGUAUUCAAGGCCAAGCGUGCUGUGACGACCAUAAACUCCGUCUCCUUGAAGGACCUAGAUGUGUCGUUGGACCGCGCGCGAGUCCGAGUGAACUUGAAUGUUACUGUUGAUGUGGAUCUGUCGAUCAAGAACCCGAACAAAGUCGGAUUCAAGUUCAAGAACACCUCCGCUCUUCUUAAUUACAAAGGGGAGCAAGUUGGAGAAGUUCCGAUUCCCGCCGACAAGAUCUCUGCCGGAGAAACUAAGGCCAUGAACUUGACGCUUACGAUCAUGGCGGACAAAUUGCUCUCCAAUUCUCAGGUUUAUUCGGACGUGAUUGCCGGUGAGUUGCCUCUAUCCACUUUUCUCCGGAUCUCCGGCAAGGUUAGUAUUAUCGGUAUUAAGGUGAAAGUGGUUUCCACCAGCACUUGUGAUUUCACUGUCUUUGUUUCCAAUAGAACGGUUGGUGAUCAACACUGCAGAUAUAAGACAAAAUUAUAGUUCUAUUGCUGUCAAUUUUCUAUGCUCUUAUUUGUCUGAUUGGAAAUUCAUAUUGAUUAAUUAUACUUAUUCUUAUCUGUUUGAUUGUAAAUUACUUUCUAUCUGUUUAGUAAUCUUGGCUUAGAUAAAAUAUUUUUGGGUGUAUAUAACAACAACUAUUGAAUUCCUCAUAUGCAUACAGAAUUCAGAUUUCCUUGA